UCUCAUAUGGAGGGUGGAACACUUUGUUCUUAUUUUUAAACAAAACAAAAGCAGUUCUCACACGCACAGGCAAACAUGUUCAUGAAUGUUUUGUCCCAGUGACGUAACACACGGCCACGCUGGAGAGGGAGCGGUCACGCGCACACUCGCAAUCCAUGUACGCGCACAGGUAGGCUUUGCUAACAUCAGUGCUCAGGUAAACCUGGAAAUCACGGCCGCUGGACUCGAAGUAACACGUUUAAAGGUGUAUUCACCAAUAUGUCAGUCCGCUCAAGACCUGGCUAUUUUCGCCAGGAAGUGAAUAAAACAGUUUGGGAGGUGCCGGAGAGAUACAGAGAUCUGAAACAGGUGGGGACGGGGGCAUACGGGACAGUAUGCUAUGCAUUUGACCGGAGGAUGGGGGCAAAGGUGGCCAUCAAGAAGCUCCAUCGUCCAUUCCAGUCUGACCUGUUUGCCAAAAGAGCUUAUCGGGAGCUCAGGCUGCUCAAACACAUGAAGCAUGAAAAUGUUAUUGGACUCCUGGAUGUUUUCACCGCAGACCUGUCUCUUGACAAAUUCCACAACUUUUACUUGGUCAUGCCUUUCAUGGGUACUGAUCUUGGGAAGUUGAUGAGAAUGGAGAGAAUGUCAGAGGACAGGGUUCAGUUUCUGGUCUACCAAAUGUUAAGAGGGCUCAAAUACAUCCAUGCUGCUGGGAUUAUACACAGGGAUCUCAAACCAGGCAAUCUGGCAAUAAAUGAAGAAUGUGAGCUCAAGAUCCUGGAUUUUGGCCUAGCAAGGCAAGCAGACAGUGAAAUGACGGGCUACGUUGUGACACGCUGGUACAGAGCGCCUGAGGUCAUUCUGAACUGGAUGCAUUACACACAGACUGUGGACAUCUGGUCGGUUGGUUGCAUCAUGGCAGAGAUGCUGCUAGGGAAACCACUGUUCAAAGGAAACGACCACCUGGAUCAGUUGAUGGAGAUCAUGAAGAUUACUGGGACCCCCACAAAAGAGUUCACUGCCAAACUACAAUCUGAAGAUGCUAGAAACUAUGUUGCAAAGUUACCAAAACUUAGAAAGAGAGAUCUUUGGGCAUUGUUACCAAAUGUUAACCAGCAAGCGAUCCAUGUGUUAGACUGCAUGUUACUCUUGGACCCUGAAAGUAGAGUAACAGCAGCAGAAGGACUGGCCCUUCCUUACUUCUCUGAAUUCCGUGAACCAGAGGAGGAGACUGAGGCCCCACCGUAUGAUCAUUCAUUGGAUGAGGCUGAUCAAUCAGUGGACCAAUGGAAAAGACUCACCUUCACUGAAAUUUUGACCUUCCAGCCAGGGCCAGUGCGGAUGGAAUCUAAAGAGACAGCUCUCUGAGACUGCUAAUACUGAACACGCCAAUAUUUUUACAUCAGCAAGGCUUUGCAUUUUCUUUGUACCAUUUGUCAUAUACAGACUUGUGUAUGGUUUUCUUUGUACUGUUUUUGUGUCCAACAAAACCUGUUUUGUAUCCACAACGUGAGUUGUGUGCUGUUUUAUUUAGUGUUUCAACUUGUUUUGCUCCCGUGUUAGGCACAGUUAAAUUACCAACUUGAAUCAGACCUGCAACUUACCUGCUGGAGAGUUGGAGGGCAUAGAUCUAGCAAAUAUGUGAUUGUAGUAGUACUAAACUUUCUCUGUGGAGAGAAUCCCAUCAGGAAAAUACAGGUUAUUACUAAUACUAAUUAUUUAAUUGUAUUUCAGUUCUUUAAUGUGAAUGUCUGUAAGCCUAUUCCUGUACAUCUCUUUGUGCAAAAAAACAAAAUAAAAAUGUUUAGCAAAACCCCACAGCCAAAUACAAUAGUAUUUGCAACAGUAUUAAUUCAAAACAGGGUGUAAACCUGACCAGUCACAGUUGCAGAAAAUCCAGGAAAAUUGUGUUUUUAAUGCAGAGAAAAAUGAGAAGUGUACAAUGAGAAUUUUUUUUUUUUUGA